UUGCAUUCGUCUCCAAGUUUGACGUUCUCGCAUGCGUGCGUCUUUUGUUGGCGCCGCGACGAAACUUUACCACGGACGCCGUAGCUUCGCCAUCCGCCGCUAUUCAUGAACAUGAAUUCGCAUCACAUGCCGUCGAAAGCCCAGCCACGAUGCCUCGCGCGCUCCGCUCGCUCCUGUAGAAACGCGGGAAUAUACCGUUAGUUCCGGCGAAUUUCCGAAAAUGAACGUUUCGAACGAGACGCGCUACUGCGACCUCGACGCGUUUAAGGGCAGCUACGAGGAGGUGCACGGGGUCCUGAGUUUCCUGGUGUGCGUUUUCGGGUCCAUCGCUAACGUUUUGAACAUUUGCGUGCUCACCACGAAGGAGAUGCGAUGGCCUACCAAUUUGAUACUGACCGGAUUGGCCGUUGCCGAUUUACUGGUGAUGCUGGAGUACAUUCCGUUUUCGUUCCACAGGUACAUGAACUUGGAGGACAGGAAAUAUAUUAGCCAUUAUUCAUACAUGUGGGCUGUAUUUAUGAUGUUUCACGCCGUUUUUAGUCAAAUGUUCCAUUUCGUGUCGUGUUGUUUGACUGUGAUUUUGGCCAUAUGGAGGUAUUUAGCUAUAAGGAACCCAACUAACAAUAGAUUUUGGUGCGAUACGAGGAAAACGUUGUACGUGAUACUUUUGACUUAUUUAGUAUGCCCAUUGAUUUGUUUUCCUCUAUACCAAUCUCUCCAGAUUCUUCCAUACAAUCAAUCGUGCGAUGCCAACGAGAGAAUCGUCGACAAUAAAGACGUGUCGAACAGAACUGAUGUUAUAUACAAAUUGAUAUUCGUGAUGACUUAUGUGAAUCAAAAUUACGCGCAAAUGAGCUUCUGGAUUUACGCUGUCGUGAUAAAAUUCCUACCGUGCAUACUGCUGACCUAUCUAUCGAGGAAAUUAAUACUCGUGCUGUGUGAAACGAAGAAGAGAAAAACCGUGCUGUUGAAUUACAGCGUGCCGCUGAGCAAUUUGAACGACGCUAAACCGAUAAUAAAUCUUAGGAAGAAGCAUCGACAGGCAGAUAGAACGUCUGGAAUGCUGAUCGCUGUGCUGUUAUUGUUUCUGAUAACGGAGUUUCCACAGUCUAUUCUCGGUCUGCUUAGCGCCACUAAAGGAGCAACAUUUCAAACUCAAUGCUACGAUCCCUUAGGUGAUAUGAUGGAUAUAUUGGCCCUGACGAAUUCUGGCAUCAAUUUCAUCCUCUACUGUACGAUGUCCAGGCAAUUCCGCACGACUUUCCAAGAAGUUUUUCGCCUGAAACACUUUUUACGAUUUAAACCCCUGUCCCAGUACGCUACUGGGACCGAAAGAAACGGGGAGAAAACUCAAAUAUCGGCGGUCUAGCAGAGAGUACACUUCCAGAAGAAACGAAAUAAUACGUAUGAGCGAAUACAGAGGGAUAUUAAGUGAUCUUCGAUUUAGGGUUAUUCCGGAUUAUUGAGUUUAGAUGAAGCGGUCGGGCCAAUUCGAUUUAAUGUGCCGAUAAUAAUGUAUAAUAUAAAAAAACCAUCAAUUAAGUUAUAAAUUUUUUUAGAAAUAUAAAAUAUAAAAGGUUGCUGAAAUUCUAAGUAUACUAUUUACUGUUCUUUAAUGAUUUUU